AUGUCUUUAUCUUCAGAGACCACCUCACCUGCUCCUUACAUUACGGUUCGAUACGUCAAGCCUUUACCUUCAUCGCUUUGUUCGGGAUCUUUCUCUCAACAAGACAACCAACAAGUGAUUGAGGCCAAAUUUCCUCUUAUUGAAAUCAAGCCUCAUAGAAUUCCUUCAUCUUUUAAAAAGCUCCGAACGGAAUCAGCUCACUCUCUGCAACCAAAUCGAGCCAGAACCACAACGAAUGUAUCAGAUUCUAUGGAAGGAAAUAUUGCAACCAAUAACACAGUAAAUGAAGAAUCACUUGAAAAAUCGUCUAUUCUCAAUGCUCUGAAAUACAAAGUGGACAUCAAAGCCAUUGCUGAUUUCUUUGAUUUGGAAGAAGAUUGUAUUUUACAACAAGACUGUGGCCGAAUGUGUAUGUUAAUGGAUCAAACAGUUAUUCCUUUUGCUUCUUAUAUUGUCAGCGGAACAAUGAGAUCACAAACGAUGAGUGACGAUGAUUCAUUCGAACAGUCUGCCAGUCAGAUACAAACACCUCUCAAACGAACUGGUAUUGUUUUUGAUCGAAGAAUGCAGAGCCAUGUAGGGAGAGCUUCACAUCCCGAAUCUCCUGCUCGGUUGUCUGCAAUCUGGAGUUCAUGUAUUGAAGAUAAUAAUUUUGACAAAUUGUGCACAAUUAUGGAGGGACGAAAAGCCACCAGAGAGGAGUUAGAAUGGACUCAUUCACCACAUCAUGUAGAUGCUGUCAUGGCCUCAAGAUUGGAUAUGUUCAAUCACACAACUGACGUGUUUGUGACUGAAGAAUCUGGUAAUGCUGCACGUUUAGCGUGUGGAGGUUUAAUGGACCUCUCUCAAAAAGUAUUAAUGGGAGAGCUGGACAAUGGUUUUGCUGUUAUUCGGCCUCCUGGACAUCACUGCUAUUCUGACAAAGCAUCUGGUUUUUGUCUCUUAAACAAUGUGGCAGUGGCAGCAAAUGCUGCCCUUAAAAGAGGUCUUGCAAAGCGAGUUGUGAUUGUGGACUGGGAUGUUCAUCAUGGUAAUGGCACUCAAGCAAUAUUUGAGGAGCAAUUUAGAAGCACGUUUUUAGAUGUAUCAGAGGAGACAAUAAUGGAAACACCAGAAGUGCUCUUUUUUUCUCUACAUCAAACAAGAAACAAUUUUUAUCCUAACACUGGAAACUUGGAACAAUUAAGCUAUGACGGUGCUAAGCGAUUUAUUGUUAAUAUUCCGUUCGAUGAGGUGUAUGGAGACCAGGAAUUGUUAAAUGCGUUCGAGCAAAUUGUUAUCCCUUUGGCAAAAUCUUACAAUCCUGACCUGGUGCUUGUUUCAGCAGGGUUUGAUGCUGUGAAAGGUGAUAAGCUUGGAGGCCAAUUGUGUUCCCCUCAAGUGUACGGCCAUCUCACAGCAUUGCUGAUGGAGCUAGCAAAAGGGAAGGUUGUCUGUGCCUUGGAAGGUGGUUACAACAUUGAAGAAACAGCGUCAUGUGUAAAAGAAUGUAUUUCUGUGUUGCUGGGGAAGGAGCCAAGUGUUUUGUCCUAUUUGUUAGAGCCACCAUACUUGAAAGAAGAGCAAAUCCAAAAGCAUGCAGAGAUGUUGCAGAGAGUGAAAACAUUUUACUCAGAACUGUUCAACAAAUCGGUAAAAUAG